CUGUUUCCAUUGGAUCAUCACCAGUAUACAAAAAUGUCCGCCAAAGCUGUGCUCGUCGUCUGCGCCUCCGCUCUCUUAGUUCAGAGCGCUGUAAGCAGUUGUCUUGGAAGCAUCGGCACUGGCUGGGGCUAUGGCGGUCUCGGCUACGGAGGUCUCGGCUGCGGAGGAUGGGGCUACGACGGAUUUGGUUACGGUGGUCUCGGCUACGCUGGAUUAGGUUACGGCGGUCUUGGCUACGAUGGAUUGGGAUACGGCGGCCUUGGCUACAAUGGAUUCGGAUGCGGAGGACUCGACGCUGCCUAUGGUGGUGGUCUUGGCGUCUCCAGUGCUUCUCCCAUAGCCCCCACCGGUCUUGCCGUAGCCUCUGAGAACAUAUACGAGGGCCCAGUGGCCGUCGCCGGUAACCUGCCUUUCCUGGGUACCGUAGAAGUUGCCGGAGAAUUCCCCACCGCUGGUGCUGGUGCUGUCUCUUACGGCUGUGGUGAUGGUGCUGUCGGCAUCGCUGCUGAGGGUCCCAUCGGUGCUGCUGUUGGUCCCGCAUACGGUUACGGCGCCGGUUUGGGAGGUUUCGGUUACGGACUCGGCUACGGAGGCUACGGAGUUGGUUACGCCGGCUUUGGUGCUCGCGGUUGCGGUUGCGGCUGCGGUGCUUGGUACUGAGCCACACUGCUUGACUUUCUUCACAAAAGAUCUGGAACUGUAUACCUUGAAAUAAAUCAUGAAUUAAAAAUAAA